AUGACAAGCCCCUUAAGUUUUCUUAUACUCAUAGCAAUUUCUUUGCUAUUAUUUUCAAAGCCUUCACUCACAAUAUUUGUGAGUAUCAAUUGUGGAUCCUCUAAAUCUUUCAUUGAUGAAAACAAUAUAAAAUGGAGUGGUGAUUAUGAUUACAUUCAAAAUGGAGUGCCUCAAGAGGUUUAUUUUGGUUCUAGCCCAUUAAGCACUCUAAGAUUUUUCCCAACUAGAAAGAAAAAUUGUUAUUCCAUCAAAGUUCCAAGAGGUGAAAAAGUUCUUGCUAGAGCAAGUUUUUACUAUGGAAAUUAUGACAACAAAUUUUCACCACCAAUAUUUGAUCUUCAAUUUGAUGGUAACUAUUGGGCCACCGUUAAUACCUCAAAUUAUUAUUAUGUUGAUUAUGAAGCAAUAUAUGUAACCAAAGGAAACUUCACUAGCAUAUGUGUUGCUCAAACAAAGGCUAAACAAUUUCCUUUUAUAUCAUCACUUGAAGUAAGAAGCUUGGAUCCUACGAUGUAUAGUCAUGUUGAUUCCAAUCAUGCAUUGAUUUUGCAAUGGAGAUAUGCUUUUGGUGGAAAUGAAACUAUCAGGUACCCGGACGACAUUUUUGAUCGAAUAUGGACACCGGCAGUUGGUAUCCUUCUUUCAGAAGUAAAAAGUGAGGAAUCAAGCUUUGAUAUUACUACAGCAGAAGAUCAUCCGCCACAAGCUGCAUUACAAAAUGCUAUUGUUUCGUCAAGCACAUUAGAAUACAUACAAUUUAUCAAUAGGCUUCCAACAGAGGAAAAUCCUGUUUAUAUAAAUGCUUAUUUCUCUGAAGUGAUGGAAAGUGCUUUUGGAAAAAGAUCAAUUCAGAUGAAUAUAGAUGGCAAGCCCUUUUUAAGUCCUAUAGUUCCUCCUCUUGGAAGUGUGAAAGAAGUGUAUAUUACCAAUAUUACAGCUUCAGCAAACACUACAUUUAUUCUGCAAGCUUCAGAUUCUUCCACUUUUCCUCCUAUACUUAAUGCUCUUGAAGUUUUUACAAUAAGUGAUGCAUUCAAUGCUGGAACUGAUAGUAGAGAUGUGGAAGGUUUGUUAGAACUGAAGUUUGCAUUUGAAGUGCUUGUGGAUUGGAGUGGUGACCCUUGUCUACCAUAUCCUUAUAAUUGGGAUUGGAUAGAAUGUACCUCCGAUGCCAAACCUCGUGUAAUAGCAUUGUAUCUUCGUGGUUAUGACUUGCAAGGCACACUUCCAGAUUUCAGUUCCAUGACUGCACUUGAAACAAUUCAUUUGCAAAACAAUACCAUUGAAGGACGUAUUCCUGAUUUCUUAGGCCUUUUCCCUAAUCUCAAGACAUUGAACUUAUCUUACAAUAGGUUCAAUGGUUCUAUACCUGCAUCUCUUGUGAAUAAGAACAUUGAAAUUGACACAACAAAUAAUUGUCUUUUGGGAAUGAAGUGUCAACCUCUCAAGCAAUCACCAAGUAAGCAAACACCACCACCACCACCUCAACUUAUUUUAGGAGAUGAACCUCAACCAAAUAUAAUUGAUUCACCACCUUUGCCAGAUUUUCGUUCAGGGGAUGAACCUUUGGGAAAUGGAGGCUUGAAGAAUAACAAGCUAAACAUAUUAUUCAUAUUAGCUAUACAAAUUUUGCUACCAAUGAUUUUCAUAAAGUUUAUAUGAUUAUGAAACAUAAUUUAUUUAUUUUGUUAUACUUUUUACAUGAUUAUGAAGAUAAUCAAGUAAGCCAUGUAUUGUGUGACUCUUCUUAAAGAGUAAAAGUUGUUUCCAAUUAUUUUUUUUUAUGUAAUUAAAUUUGACACACACGUGUGUGUAUGUUUUGGAAUGAUAAUGUCACGAGUUAA